AAGAUGAAGAUGAUGAUGAUGAGCAGUUAGAGCGGCGGAGCGGAAACAAACCGCAGACUGAAUCCGUGCGCGCGGCGGCGCGUCGCGCUCCGAUGCUGCAGAAAAAUCGCCAUUGUUUGGAUGCGCAGCAGCCUGAGAGCCAGAACCAGAACCAGAACUGCACCGACACCGUUUGACCCACAGACACCAUGCUCCCCCCGCUACUCCUCACGCUCUGCCUGCACUGCUUCACCCAGUGCCCUUCCCCCCCCUCAACAUCUCCCGUAAGAUCGUCCACCUGAGCCAGAGGGCUGCGCCAGGUGAAACCUCCAGCAUCGUCCCUCCUGAUGGCGGCGAGGAGAGCGGGCGAGCUCGGCGAGCGCGGGAUGUCCCCCUGAUGGAGGAGCAGGAGGAGGAGGAGAACGUGUCUGAGGAGGUGGCGGGAACUUCCACUCAGGUUCCCUUCAACCCAACGCACAACCUGACCACCGCCGCCAACCAGACGACUCCGAGCUACUGGUUGGACCCGACCGACCCGUCUCCCACCGACAGGGACGAUGAGUUUGUCAACGCCGUUGUGUCAGAGUACGAAGACUCCAACGAGCCGGGUUCGGCCAUGGGGCUUCCCUCCGAAGUCUCCGUCCUGCCCACCAAACUGCCCCCCAUCCUGCUGGAGCUCCGCUGGCUGCCGCCCAGACCGCCGACCAGCUAUGACGGCUUCAACGUCUACAUCUACAGAGACGGUAACUCGACAGAAACCGCCACCGUGGACGAAAACACUCACGAGUUCUUCACCGAGUUAACGGAGCCGGGAACGUACCGAGUGCAGGUCACCACGCUCAGCUCGUCCGGAGACUGUGAGGCCCGCGAGAGCGCCGCCGACACCAGCUUCACCUUCUACCUCAGUCCCGGUGGCGAGCUGUUGGAGGAGCUGCGCGAGCGUCCGCAGGCCGUCAGCGUCAGACUGCUGGACUCCAGCACCGCCGCCGUCUCCUGGGCCCAGUCCUCCGAGAACCACAACGGCAGCCUGGUGUCGGUGGUCUCUACGACCUGCCUCAGACCCAGUCUCAGCCAGAGGAUGGAGAACACGUACUGCAGCGAGGAAAACUCGACCAGUGACAUCAUCAGCAGCCUGACCCCCGGGGCCCAGUACAGGGUGGUGGUCUACCACACCAACGGGCCCCUGAUCAGCCCCCCGUCUGAACCCGUCAUCAUCGACAUAGAGCCCACCGGCGUGCGCGAGCUUGCGGUGUAUCCUCUCAGUCCGACCGCCGUCAUCCUCAGCUGGCAGCGCCCGUACCACGUGGCGUUCAGGAAGUACGUCCUGCAGACCUUCUUCUUCAACCCCGUGACGUUGGCCUCAGAGUGGACCACCUACUACGAGAUUGCCGCCACCGCCUCCGUCAUUGCCUCCGUGAGGGUCACCGACCUGCUGCCGGCCUGGUACUAUAAUUUCCGCGUUUCCAUGGUAACGUGGGGCGACCCACCGCUCAGCUGCUGCGACAGCUCCACCGUCAGCUUUGUGACAGCUCCUGAAGCUCCUCACAUCUCCUCCGUGGAUUACUCCCACGGCGUCCUGUACGUACGUUGGACCUACGGCGAGCUCUUCAUCGACCUGUCGCACUCCAGGAUGCUGCACUGGCAGGUUGUGGCGGUCGGCAAGAAAGGACCGGAGAGGAGCUACUCCAUCGACGUGACCCGUAACGUGAUGCGAGCGAGCCUACCUCUGCCUCCAGGAGACAUCUACAACCUGACAGUGACGGCCUGCACCGAACGCAGCCGCAACACCUCCACGCCAAACAUCAUCAAACUGGAGCCGGCUCCUCCGAGGUCCCUGUUCGCCAUCAACGCCACGCACUCGUCCGUCACUCUGCUGUGGACCGAGGAGGGAGUGGUCGACUACUACCAGGUCCUCUGCAAACCCAACAAACCCAGCAAGGAGCUCAAGGCCCGCGAGCCUCAGACGGCGAGUUCUCACGUGGUGACGGUCUCUGGUUUGAUGCCCUCAUCCGCCUACAACUGCACCAUCACCAGCUUCAGCUACAGCACGCCGAGCAAACCCGCCCACAUCACCAUCAGCACCGUCGCUAAAGAGAUGAACCCGAGUGUCGCAGCGAUCUCGGCUCUGGCCGUCCUCAGCAUCCUCCUCAUCAGCCUGCUGGUCCUGUUCCUGCUGGUCCUCCGCAAGAAACACCUGCAGAUGACCAGAGAAUGCGGCGCAGAGACAUUCGUCAACUUCGCCUCCUUUGAGCGAGACGGGAAGCUUCCCUAUAACUGGCGAAGAAGCCUCUUUGCCUUCCUUACCCUACUGCCAUCCUGCCUUUGGACUGACUAUCUUUUGGCUUUUUAUAUUAAUCCUUGGAGCAAGACAGCUUUAAAGAAACGGAAGCUAACAAGUCCGGUGCAGCUGGAUGACUUCGACGCCUACUUCAAGGAAAUGAGCAAAGACUCGGCCUACAAGUUCUCCCUGCAGUUCGAGGAGCUGAAAAGCGUCGGUCUGGAUCUUUCCCAUGAUGCAGCUGACCUGCCCAUCAACAGGCCGAAGAACAGAUACACCAACAUCCUCCCCUACGACUUCAGUCGGGUGAAGUUGAUCUCGAUGCACAACGAUGAAGGUUCAGACUACAUCAACGCCAACUUCAUCCCUGGCUACAAACACACCAAGGAGUACAUCGCCACUCAGGGUCCGCUGCCCGAGACCCGUAACGACUUCUGGAAGAUGGUCCUGCAGCAGAAAUCUCCGAUUGUUGUAAUGCUCACGCAGUGCAACGAGCGGCGGAGGGUGAAGUGCGAUCACUACUGGCCGUUCACAGACGAGCCGGUGAUGUACGGAGAGAUCAGUGUGGAGAUGUUGUCUGAGUCCGAGUCUCCGGAGUGGACCAUCAGGAAGUUCAGACUGGGAUACGCUGAUGAGAGUCAGGACGUCCUCCACCUGAACUACACCUCGUGGCCGGAUCACGGCGUCCCCACGGUCAACGCCAUCGAAAGCAUCCUGCAGUUCGUCCACAUCGUCCGUCAGCAGGCCAACAGGACCAAAGACCCUAUCAUAGUCCACUGCAGCGCCGGAGUCGGCCGGACAGGGACGUUCAUCGCUCUGGAUCGACUGAUGCAGCACAUCAGAGAGCACGAGUUCGCAGACAUCCUGGGGAUGGUGUCUGAGAUGCGUUCACACCGGCUGUCGAUGGUCCAGACUGAGGAACAGUAUGUGUUCAUCCAUCAGUGCGUCCUGCUGAUGUGGCAGAAAAAGAAGCAGCAGUCCAUCACCUCUGACGUCAUCUACGAGAACGCCAGCAAGACAUAAUGAUGGUGGCUCCUCCAGACGCUGCAAACACGCCCAACCUCCUGUGCUUCAGGCAUCCAUUCUCUGCAGAAGAAGAUCAGCUUCAUCAUCAGUAUCAACAAACCAACAGCAGAACAUCUCGACGACACAAGAGAAAAAAAAAUCCAGUUUUUUGUUUGAAUUGGUGUAAAAGCGUUGGAUGGAUUUCUGCCUUACAACACGUUGAACCACGACCCCGCCCUCUGAACUGGACUGACUCACGUCAACGUGGGGUGGGAGGAGUCAGAGGAGGAGUGUUAACGAGCUCCGUCCUGCGAUUGGACGUCUACACUGUGUCCGUCCUCGUUCAGACGACGGGAGGCGGCGAGUCGGUGGAGCUGAGUCAGCGGUUUUUCAUUUGAUUUGUUUUUUAAUCUCAGGAGUAGCUGAAAAACCAGCAAGCACACCGGCCUCUUCCUCCGAAUAUCAUUCAUCAUCGUUAGUUUUUUUUGCAUCGUUUGUAGCGUUCACCUCUUGCAGCGUGCAGCUUUCCUGGCUUUUUACGACGAGUCGAAGGCGGUAGAUUGCAACCGGACUCACUGCCAAAAGUCCCGAACUCGGGGCCGUAACAUUGCUCUAACACGCUAACUAACUGCCAGGACCGCUGCACCGAUUAAAUCCACUGGAGGAACCCAGCAAGCAUUCGGCGACGGUUGACGGUCAGGAACAUGAGCACAACAUUUUACAUCUGAUGCUGAUUUUUAAUUGGGCUAAAAACCGUCCGAAUGCAACGUUUCCGUCCUGGUUGAACAUCAAACGUUGGCGUCAUAAAUUUGGUACAUUUUUCCUGCAGUUUUACAGAUUUCGGCUUUAAAGCAGCUUCGUAAGGUUUUAACAUGAAAGUUUUUUGGUACUAAAUAAUUUCAUUAAACGCUGCUCGACUCAUUUCACUGUGUCCGUCGAGUCAGCCGCUGAGCGUCUGAAUGUUUGCUGGGUCUGCACACGAACUAAAGGGCACAAAAACAGUUGAAGGGAACGAACGCCUUUCUGUGGAAACACGAGUGCCUCAUGCCGCCGUCCCGUCGCCGCCGACGCGUCGGAGGCUAGUUUAGACGCUAGAGACUGUGGUCGUAGAGCUGUAGUUUCGAUAUGCACUGAGGCCUCGGAGAUGCUGACAGAAGAAGGGAAGAGCUGCUGACGGUGGAGGACCGAACGUCUUUCUAUCCAACGGUCUCCACCUGAAGAUGUAGAUUAACUUUAGCGGAGAGACUUUUAAUCUCAUCGGCGGCAACAAUCCUGUUUGGAUCAUAUCUUGACAGCAUCUGAGGACAGUGGAACUGCCAAAACCACCCUGAAAUUAUAUCCAUGUUCCCUUUAUGUUGCUGAAUUUGGGAAAUGACACAAACAUAUCUGCUCAGCAUAUCUCCAGAGCCGGCCCGAGCCCCGAAUCUGAGUAUCAGUAAUAUCUUUAUCAUUAAACAUAUAAACCUGCAACUAGAAUUCGUGACCAAAUAAACGUAACCUAGUCAGUGCCGUAAAACUUAAAGAUACAUUCUCUGCUUUUGUUACUGCGCCCUAAACGCUUCAUAUACAAACAUUCUUGUAUUCAGCCGCAAAUGUUGUUCCCAUAUGUGGUUUAGCCCCUAAAAGGUUCCGGUUAUAAAGCUCCCAGAAUACCAAUAAGAUAUAUUGACCCCUAAAUGUAAAUAAACUUGGUACAGUGGCCACAAAUACUGAAUUAUUACUUAUGACAGAAUUUAUGAUGAAGGUACAUUUAAAAACUGUUAAAUGUUUGUUUUGCACGAAUAUAAUUAUUAACUCUAUCAAUUGUGUUUGCUCCCACAAGAAGUUGGAAUACUGCCCUAAAACAUUUGAUACAAACGUAGACCCAAAAUUAGAAAUCACCUAAUUUUGAAAAGUUUGUUACCAUGUAAAAUAUUUGUUUUAAUAAAAGCAAUUUGCCCCAAAUAUUGUGAUGAAAAACAGUUUAUAAGUUUUGGUAUCUUCCAACUAAUUUUCUUCUUCUUAUUAUUAUUAUUAUUAUAUAUUAUUUAUAAUAUUUGGUGUUUAUUCAGGUUCCUUUGGGGAUAAAUGCUAGAAGAACAUAUAGAAAAGCGUUUGGGCGUUGUAAUAAAAUCUGUGUUAACGUUAAUAAAUUUAAAUAUGGCGGCUCGGGCCGAUAUUGGUCUUAAACACACACUACUGUACAGGAAGUUGUUCUGAAGCCAUUUUCUCGUUUUCAGAUCAACUUAAUUUAGUUUAGUUUAUUGUCAUCUUUCUACUCAACGUUUGACUUGAAGGACAAAAAGAAAACUUCUCACUUCCUUGACGACGGUAGAGAAUGUCUACUGAACAGACGAGACCGGUCGACCUCGAGUCUUACACUCCAUUCAGGAAGUACGGGGUGUCGUCAAAAUAAGAGCCCAGAGCUGAGUGGCUUUUCUGUUCUCAUUAAAGGUCCAACAAAAGAUUAAACCAGAUUUUUAAUAUUUACAUUUAAAUUUCUUCCAAUCAAAUCCAAUCACAGGAUUGUUCCAGUUUUACAUGGAUGUGAAUGGGAGCGAAUGUAAAAGGUCAAUAUUAAACAUUUUACCAAUUAACUCACUAAGUAACAAGUUUUUAUUUUGUUCAUAAAUCAUAAAUUAAAUGUUAUGUUUCAAAACUAAAUAUUUCAAAUAAGUCAGUUAAUAUUUAAUGUUAAACAGCAGAAAGUAUAAAACAGUAUGAAAGUUAUCUGAUUGAACUGUUCUCACAUUAUCUGAUAUUGAUGCUGUUUGUGUUAUUUUAAGCACGAAAAUUAUCUUUGUGGCCUUUUGGUUCAAACUUCAAUAGUUCUUCAGUAUUUCUAUACAUAUAAUUUAAUAUAACUGAAUAUUGUACAGCCCCUAGAACAUUUUAUAAUUCUAAUAAAACAACUAAACUUUAAACUAAAAGGAAAAGCUGCUUCUGACUUCUGUUGGCGUUAUUUCGACCACACCUCGUAUCUAAUUUGUAAAAAAUAAAAUAAAAUAAAAAAUGAAGAAAUCCAUGAAUGUGUGUAAAAAGGCCGUUGGAUGCUUCAGUGUUGACUUUGUAAAAUGAUUCAUUGUGGCCUUGUGGUUUAAACACCUGAAGUCUUUACCUGCUGGUUCGGUCACCACUCGAUCUGAAAGGUCACGUUUCACUGUUAGAUAUCCGACGUACUGUACAUACUACUACUGCUUACUCUGUUUCUACUCGUCAUUGCUGAGUAAUUCUUGUGGAAAUGUUGCUUUAGAGGUUUGUUUUUUAAAAGUUGUUGUAUAUGUGAAUCAUCAUUUCCUGAGCCAGAAGUCCUCUCAUCACUACGACGGCUUCGCGGUCGUCCGGAGACUCGUGGACACGGAGGACUCAUCUGAGGCCGGAGGAACGCACUUUGGUACGACCGUCAGAAAAGACGAAAGCUCGGCACUGUACACUCUUCUUUCUCUUACUUAGUGUUCGUCCAGUCAGACUUGUUUGUUGGUGCCAUUCUCGUGCAUUGUGUCACUUAAAAUUUGAGGGAUGAUCUUGAACUCGGAUCAUUGUCACAGAGUUUUAAUGUGUGUGUGUUGGAACAAAAUAAAAUG